GCCAAGCUUGUUAUUGGCCAAAAUGGCAUCUUUAUCAACUCCAGCUGUAUCGUGCCUUAUAAGGAAGCUAAAAGUGACUGGUGGCAUAGUUUUAACUGCAAGCCAUAAUCCAGGUGGUCCUGACAAUGACUUCGGUAUCAAGUUCAACACUUCCAAUGGAGGUCCUGCUCCUGAUGCUGUUACGAACCAAAUCUUUGAACUCACGAAGGUGAUCAAAUCCUAUUCUUUAGUUCCUGCACUCCAAUGCCCUAUUGACAAAAUAGGAACACAAACUUUUAAGGUUGACGGAAGAGAUUUUGUAGUGGAAAUAAUCGACAGUGUUCAAGAUUAUUUAUUGUUAAUGAAAGAGAUCUUUGACUUCAACACACUGAAGACGUUAUUGCAGGGCAGCAGUAGCCGUCCACCUUUCAAGUUAUUGAUCAACUCUAUGCAUGGAGUGACCGGACCUUAUGUUCAACGUAUAUUUGUGGAGGAAUUGGGUGCUCCCAAAGAUAACACAAUAAACACCAUACCGUUGGAGGACUUUGGAGGUCAUCACCCGGACCCCAAUCUCACUUAUGCCGCAGACUUAGUCCAGGCCCUACAGAAGGGUGAUUACGACUUUGGAGCUGCCUUUGAUGGGGAUGGGGACCGAAACAUGAUAUUGGGCCACAAGGCCUUCUUCGUGACACCAAGUGACUCAUUGGCCGUACUGGCGAAUCAUCUGGGAUGUAUCCCUUACUUCCAGCGGACAGGAGUCAAGGGCUACGCGAGGAGCAUGCCGACUGGAGCUGCCGUCGAUAGGGUAGCUGCAGCCAAUAACAAAGAAAUUUUUGAAGUCCCCACUGGAUGGAAGUACUUUGGAAAUUUAAUGGAUGCAGGCCGCUUAUCCUUAUGCGGAGAAGAGAGUUUUGGAACUGGCUCUGACCACAUCAGAGAAAAAGAUGGAAUUUGGGCUGUUCUCGCCUGGUUGUCUGUGAUAGCACACACGGGUAAACCGGUCCAUGAAAUACUCCAAGCUCACUGGGCGAAAUUCGGUAGAAAUUUCUUCACAAGGUACGACUACGAGGACUGUGAGUCCGAUCCUUGUAACAAGAUGAUGGCGGAACUAGAAGCUUUAGCUACUAAAGCAGACUUUGUAGGCAAGAUUCUCACCGCAGGUGGCAAGAGUUACAAAGUAAAAACAGCUGAUAACUUCAAGUACACUGAUCCAAUUGACAACAGCAUUGCUAGUAAACAGGGAAUCCGUGUGAUCUUCGAGGACGGCUCACGGCUGAUAUAUAGACUGAGUGGAACAGGCAGUUCGGGAGCUACGGUCAGACUGUAUGUGGAAAGCUAUGAGUCGGACCCUGCAUCGCUGGGCCUCGACGCAUCUGUGGCUCUACAACCAUUAAUACAGGUGGCACUGAGCUUUUCCAAGCUGCCUCAGUUCACGGGUCGGGACAAACCGACAGUCAUCACGUAAUGAUGUCUGCAUCACAUUGUUGGAAUCGAUAGCAUCAAAUUUUGUAUAGUCACUGUUCAAUAUUUUGAAACAUUUGAAAUGAAAUAAAUCCGUCAUAAAGAUACGCUUUCUCUAAUAAUCCAUAAACAUAAAUUUCAACCCUUUCAGUGCCAGACACUUUUUUGGAGUAUUAGUCAAACGUGCCAAGGGAACUUUUACAAGUGUUAACCAAAAGCGUCAUUCGAUUUUUAGCUAUUUGUAUACAGUUAUGAAAUGUCAUAAUGUUGUCAUUUAUUGCUCAAUUUUUAUAAGUUUUGUUUUGUACACAAAUGUGUAUAUUAACACUGUAUACUAAAAUAACUUCCUUAAAUAUAAGAAAAAUAAAAAAUUACUACAAUAAAAUCUUACGGUUCUUUUAACUUUCAAGUUCAACACUCAAAUAGUUCUAAAAAUCUCUCGCAUUCAAUAAAAUCAAGCACACUUAAAGGACACUUUAUUUUCAAUAUAUUUACAAACGUUUAUUUUUAAUACCAAAAUACAAUGUAUUAUAUUUUUCUAAAUGUCCUGUAAACCGAACACUAGCAUUUAUGCAUGUUCUUGCAUGAUGUGGCACUAAAAGGGUUAAUUAAAAUAUUGUUUUUUGCAUUUUAAUUCAUAGGAGCUUUAACGUUCAAACUUUCAAAGAAUUGAAUAAUAAAAGUGACAUUGAAAAAUGGCCAUUUUACUUAGAUUUUUAAAAUGUUAGAGCAUUAGUUGUUAGUUUAUAAAAAAAAUUAAUUAUAGGCCUAUCUAUUUUUAAUCUAAUACUAUUUGUUAAGUAAAAUUAAAAGACAGCACAAAGUUAUAUCAUAUUUCUGGUCAUAUUUAUCUUGGAAAUUUUCCUUAUAGUAUUAAAACUAAAUCUUUCAUUACUCCAAAUAUCUUUAAAGAUAUAAAAAAAUAAACAAGCAUGAAGUGUUCUCGAGCAUAAUGGAUCCAUUUGUUUGAAAACAUCUUAAUAUACAACAUUUGUUUUCUAAUUAUCUUGCCCAUUAUAUUAGUAUUAAAUAUUAAUAAAUAAAUAUACUAAAUAUUUAAAUAAUUGUAGUAUUCAAUAGAAAUAUUAUGUAUUUUCUCUCCAUUAUAUGAUUGCUAAACAAAUUAGAUCCAAGUGAAUAAAUAUCAAUACAAUGUGGUAGGGUGUGGAAGGUAGUUAUUGAAUUUCAGCAUGAUAAUGUAUUUCUAUAACAUUUCUGAUUUUGUAAACUCGGAAAAUUGAAACCAAAAUGUUAAUAUAUUGUGUGGGUUUCUGUGGAUUACUUGUUUAUUGAAGCAAGUACAGGCAAGUACCUCCUAUUAGUUAUAAGUAGAACUUGUAUAUGAAACAUUCUAUUGAUUAACUUUCUCCCAUACGAAUUGUCUAAAGCGGCAGGCUGCGCUCAAACCACCUCCUACAUGAGCGUGGUGUGUAGUUGGAUAUGUUGUCAUUUCCCUGCUAUCUAAGGGAUAUCUGUGUACUUAUUGAAACUCCUUUAAAACCAAAAUGUUUAACUUUAAAGGUUUGCUACCAUACAUUUUAUUUUGGAAAAUACCAUUUAGUGUUAAAAAAAUAUUCAUUCCUCAAACAAUGGUAGUACACAGUAAAGUUUGUCCAUUGUAGGCCAUCACUAGCUCGGCUGAUACACUUUAUUGACUUAAUACCGCCUUCUGAAAAAAGGCAAAACCAAAAAAAAAUUGUAAUUUGCUCCAAACAAGGUUGUUUUUCCAGUUCAAGUAGAUUAGGUUUGAAAAUAAUAAUAAUGGUAAAAAUAAAAAUACAAUGAUCUACUUAUGUAUGUUAUUAUUUAUAUACUCAGCUUGAAGCAAAUUCAAAUUGGGUUGCAAAAUUAAUAAAACUGCAGAAAGGCGGAAAAAGGUGUCAACGGGUUAACUAUGUAAAAAUGUGUUUUUAACUAUGUCUGUUAUAUAUAAUAAUAUAUAAUAUUUUAAAAUAACAAUAAUAACUAUACAAAGUAUUUCAAAAUUGUACUAAAUAUUUCUAUGACUUUAUAAAAUAGUUUGUUUUUAUAUUCAAAUAAAUGUAACACUUAAUUGUUUAAGUACGUUUUAUAAUUUUUAAAUAACAAAUACAACAUGCCUUUAAAUACAGAAUGGCUUGAAAUAAGCAAAUACCAACUCUUAUGCAUGGACUGCACCAGAAACAUGGUUCUCACGCAAUGGAGUGGCCGCCAAAAUUCGUAUGAGAGUAGGUUAAGUAGUGAAUCCAGAAGUAUGUAAUGUAAUAUAUUGUAAUGAUGUAAAAAUAUUAUUUUUUUAUAUAUCAUGGAGGAGCAAACCUAAGUGGGGUUUUUAAAUCGAAAAGUACUUGGCAUACAAUAUCUUUUUAUAUGCAAUUAAUCUGUAUUGAAAGCAUAAAAAUUACGCUAAAUUAUUGGUUAUCUAUUUUUUUUGUGUUUUGGUCAAUAUUUCAAAAUAAUAAAGUUACCACAAGACGGAUGCAAUAAAUUCCAGAAAAUACAAAUGGUUCAUUAUUGUUAUGAAUCUUUGCCUUAAAAUAAUACAUAGGUAUGGCAGACCUUGUCCUAAUAAUGUAAUUUUACUUUCUUUGCAUUUGUGCCCUGUAAAUCCCCUGAACAGCUGAAAUACAGUAACAGACUAAUUGCAUCUACAAAAUUAUCUUUGAGAAAUACCUUAUGACGUAGGGUUUGUCUGAUUCGUAAAAGACAUGCAACCUAAAAAUUAUCAAAAAAAAUCAAGAACCUAUGUUAUACCAAAAAUAAUGAUAGGAACUGUUAUUGAUUUGGUAAAUACUAUUUUAAAACACAUCAAAAAUGAUUAGAUAUGUAAAGAACUAAAAUAACUCAUGCCUUGUUAAUUUUUCAUAAUUUGUGUUGGGGCAUUGAUUAAAUAGAUUAUUUAAAGGAUGUCUGUUUGUCGGUUAGUACAUUUAUUCACUUGUAUAAGAAAAAAUUAAAAUAUAGAGAAUGUAGGGUUGAUAUAAAGUCAGUUUCCUUCACUAGUAAAUAUUUAAUUCUGUAAUAAUUUUAAAAAGAAGAAGACAAACUCUAUUGAAAUAGACAAGAUUAAUAUUUUAAAUUGAUAUAGUACUAAGUCUUUAUUGAGUAAUGAAUAUCAGGGUAAUAUAAAUUCAUGGUAAUGUAACAAAUAAAAUUGUACAUAAUGUGUAUAAUCAGUGAGAGCUCUCUAUUUUUAUAUUCUGAGGUAUAGUAACAAAAUUAUUACAUACUACGUUUACAUGAACAAUGAAACCACAGUUUUUUAUUUAUGAUAGCUUCAACGUUAUUUUGCAUCGGAGCAACGUUAGUACUGAGAUCUAACUAAUACCCAAGAACUUGAAAAGCAUCGAGUGGCUGGACUGAAUUUUGAAAAUGACGAUGAAGAAAUGGUGAAAUCAAAUUUAUAGUUUUUCUUCAUUUGCUACUUGCAGAAGUGUACAAUACAUGUAAGCGUAGUAAAUUUUCCCCAUUUUCAUGUUUGCGCAAAGAUGUAAUGUAAUGUAAAUAGUGACUUGUGCGUACAGCAGAAGAGUCGGGAUAGUGUUCUCUUUAACAUAUUAUAUUCUUUAUCAUAAAAAUACCAAAAUAAAAAUGCUUCCUGUAAAUUAGUAUCCUUUCCAUACUAUAUUUUUAACUGUAUUGAUCAUUUGAUUAAUGCUAACCUUGUGUGAUAAUUCUAGUACGUAUUGAAUUCUGCAGUGUGAAUAGUGUGCUCUCCAAAUUGCAAUACACAGUGCCUGGCAUAAGUUAACAUUGAUAUAACGUACCAAAUUAUUUUAUGUACAGAAAAGUGAAGAUGGUGUCAUUUAAGUGGUUGGGUUAAUGUCAAUUCAUUUGGAUGCAAAUUAAGGCAAAUUUAAACUAUUGAAGACAGUAAAAAUAAAGUCUAUGAUUAAAGUUUAACAGAGGUGUCAGCAACACCAUUAUACUUGUACGUACAUUUUCAUGACACUGACUUGUAAAAGGGCCUGUGUAUUAUUUUCAUUUACAAAUACCUGACCUGCCUAGCAAACAUAAUGGACUAAACACAAAACAUUCCAGUGCCAUAUAGAUAAAAAAAGUGAAAACCAUUUAAGAAUCAUCAGUGGUUCAAUUCAAAGAACAAAUUAAAAAGAUUAUUUUUAUUUUGUACGUAAAAUGUUUUCUUGUAUUUUUCAAACUUAUAUCUAUGGGAAAUAAGUUAAACAAGACAAACAAGUCUUCAAAAACAAAGACAAAGAGUGUUUCAAGUCUUUCAAAUUCUUUGUAUUAAAGAUUACUUAUCUUCUAGGCAGGUCAUAUGACUAUAGAAGAUAAACAUCGUCUUCAUUGAUGAAUGAGUUUUCAUUAGAGGUUCAAAGUUCAAAGUUUUGCUAUUUUAAAAGUGUACUUCAAAUAAAAUUCCGAGCAAAUAUUAUUUUAAUUAAAUUUUGAUGUAGUUAAUCAAUUUUCUGUCAUGAAAUUCAAUAAUAAUUAAAUAUUAAUUAUUGGAAGUUCAUAAACUACACAGCACCGUGUAAGAUACUGUGCUAUACUUUUAGGAUACUGAUUACUCUUCUAAAAUUAUUUAAUAUUCAAGAAAACAAGUUAUGUUAUUCUUCGCAUAUUGUAAUAUUUCUGUAUUUUAAACUUUCUUUAUAUUCUUUUUAUUCAAACCCAAUAAAUGAUUUAACUAUUCUCUUUUCAAUUAAAAAAUGGGGGAAAAUUUCCCGAAUUUUUCUUAUAGAGUAGUGCUACUGAAAUAUUGUUUACUUAGCAUUUACGCACGUUUUUAUUACAAAAUACUCUUCUGUUUAUGUACUCGUAUGUAAUUAUUUUCAGGUACACAGUAUGAUUGAUUUACUUAGUAGAUAAAUUUGCCAAAGUUAAAUUUGUGUAAAUUGUAAAUAUUCUAGUUGGAAUCAAGGGACCUGAUGUUUUCGUUUGUUCUCGUUACUGUUAGGCGUACACAGCAAGGAUUGUUGUUUUUAUUUUUUGUACGCUGAAGUAACUGAAGACCUCGUGUUCUCGUGACCAGCAUCGACUGCCAGUUUUUGUAAACGCCACUAGAUGGAACUGUGGGGAUCUUGUAUAGUUUACUGUUAGGUUUAGUGUUAGCUGUAGAGGAUCAGAGGAAAAGGAGGUGAGGAUAUUGUUCUGUUCUUGGGAACCUUUCAAAUGUUUCUUUGACAUAGCUUAGGUUAUCAUGCUGAUUCAGUAUUGCGCUUAUAAACACUUCUGCUUCUAAACUGAUAUAAAAACAAUGCUAUGGACUUUUGAAAUGUAGAAACUUUAGUUAGUUUUUAAUACUACAAUUUUUGGAGUUUUAAUGUUUAUAUGCACUGUUACCCAAAUAUUAUACACGUAUGUGAUGUUAGUGUGUUAGAUGAGAAACAUUAUUUAUUGUUAUGUUUGAUGUUAUUAAAGUGAUGGAAUUUCCA